ACAAUGAACACCAAUGCCCGAGUAUGUCAAAUGCAAACAUAUGCAGUACAACCAACAGUAGCCACAUCAAAGAUAGGAGCACACCGGAUACUUGGUGGAUUACAUAUCGGGCUAGGUAUGGUGUGCGGUAUCCUUGGUAUUACUGGAGCUAUUCUUAGUUAAACCAAUAUAGACAUUCGUUGCGAAAGUUAUUACUACCACAACAGAUAUAAUUAUGUAAUUAGAUACAUGUAUACAUGCUAUGAUUUUGGAGAUGCUAUCCUUAUAAUGGAUUUAAUUUGCGUGGGUCUGUCAGGUUGGUUCACAUUAACCGGUUGUUUACCGUUAUGUAUGACAGUACAACGUAAAUCAAGCUGCUUAGAAAAAGCGUUUCCGAUUUGUAGCAUUAUAUCAGCAGUUGUGUUUUCACCCAUCGUUUUUGGAUUAGGAGUUGCCGGAGCAAUCAUUGCUGAUUUUUAUGCAAAUGCCAGCGGUGUUGUUGCAGUGUCUGUCCUCCUAACUGUUUUGUCCUUCAUCGAAUGCAUUGUAUCCAUUGUUGCUGCAGUAUACUGCUGUUGCUGUUGCUGUUCACAACUGUCUACUGGAAAUCAUCAAGGUGUCCAGCAGGGAUAUGAUCAAGUGGGAAAUUCCGGAAUGCAAGGAUAUCAUGGUAACCCUUUAAACUCACAACAGUGGGUAUACCCAACUUCACGUCCUGCAGAUAUGGGGUAUGAAUUUCCUGUUGUCAACGAUAUAAACUCUAAUCAGCGGGUAUAUCCAACUGCACCUCCUGAAGAUAUAGAUCAAUCAUUUCCUAUUGAGGACAAUUCUACAACAAACUAACAUUUUUAUUCGUCAACAAAAGACCGGCGGUGUACUUGUUUGAUCGGAGAUGUAAAUACAUUUGAUGUUUUGGGAAAAUUGUAAUUGACUCGGUAAAUGUCUUGUAGUCAGCACUUCUGUGUUGACAUGAAUUAUCAUUGAUAUUGUCAUAUAAAUAAUAAAACUGUUUACAAAAUUU